UGAAAAUUUAAGGAUAUCUUAUGUAACAUACAUACUUCGAAGAAAGUUCUUAACUCGAGGGACAAUGGUGGCUUAGACAUUGGUAGUCUCAGAACGUUCAACUAUGCCUUACUAGCUAAGUGGUGGUGGCGGUUUAGAAAUGAUGAUAGCGGAAUAGUGUGAUGUCAUUAUGUCAUUACAUGGGACUGAUGGUGGGAUUGGUUGCACCAUGGCGCUUGCUACAAGAGGAGGGACUUGGGGUGCCAUUAGCCAUCUUCACUUGUACCUAAUGCGUAAUCAGGUCGACAUUAACGAUUUAUUGAUUUUUCAGGAUAAGAAAUGGAAGUGGAUUGAAGACAAUGAAGGAUGUUUUACUGUGGCAUCGUGUAGGAAAACUAUUGAUAACCAUCUUUUGAUAUGCCUUGAAGAUAGUACUCUUUGGAACAAAAUCUUGCCUGUGGCAGAGUCCCAUCUCUUUCUGAAUUGUUUAGUCGCUAGGGAGGUGCGUGCUGCCAUCAAAAAUUGGUGGAAUCAGGUUCCGGUGGAUAACAACUCUCUCCAUGACUACUUCGGUUGUGUGUCCAGUUCUGGUACCCCUGGGUGCGUAAGUAAGGUUAAAAUUUGCCGUAUGUUGGCUAGCAAGGUGAAGAUGUUGGCCUUCGAAUGGAUUAAAUACCGAUCUAGAAAAGGUUAUUUCUUGAACUAG